UAGCCGGUAAGUAGGUUAUCAAAACAUAGUGUUACAUUCUUAAACAUCAUAACAAGUAGAUUGUGUGACAGAAGGGAAAUCCCGCGUAGUUUGGUAUGUAAAAAAUUGGCCCAGUUUCUGAGAAGUACUUGAAAUCAUGUGAUAUCGCCGGCUGUUCAUAUCUGAGUUAUAUUUGUGGUUCUAUAUUUUCACGAGUGUAGUUUUUUACGGUACGUAUGGGUUGUUGUUUAAGUGGCGACCAAGAAACUGAUCGCAACGGAUCUCGAGGUGAAGAUCAUCCACUUCUUCAUGCUCCACAAAAGGAAUUUCGUCAUGAACGAUCUGAGGAGGAUUUUAAUAAACACAAAAMGAUGAAGAAUAUACUACAAUGUCUUUGCAGAUCCCUGUGUCUGUACAACCCCUCUGGUUGGGGUUUGAUUUUCAGUUUUAUCUUGGCUUUGAUAUGCAUUUUUCAGCUUGUCUAUGAUCUGUUCGUGGUGAGCGGUUGCCCGGGAUUCGACUGUGGAUUUCUUGUGAAGACAAUUGAAGCCAAACCCAACGCCAGUGCACCCCAUAGAUCGUCAUUUCGUAAGACUUCUAACACGGUGUACACUUUAGCAUCAGUUGGUGGAUUGUUCUCAUAUACAUUGCUAUUGCUAUCAUUGAUGCUUAUUCUGAACCGAAGGCGGAAGUACGSUAACAAAGCGAUUGGUCCAUCGGACGCGCUGUAUGAAGAUUUAACCAACACACAAAUCAAGAUAAUAUUCACGUCCCAAGUUAUUCUGACAUUUCUCUUUGUGUCAGCAGUGGUUUUGUUUGGUAUUCUUGUUCGAGACCAGCCAAGGGACGGAUGGUACUUCUAUUUGAUGAUCACUGGAGUUGCAGCUCAGUUUAUAGCUCAAUGGGCAGCCAUUGUUGGAUGCCACGUUUUUGCAAUUUCUUCCCUUUCAUUGGGAACUUUGGCAAAUGAUACAAUAAGAAGAAUAAGGAAGAUGACGAAAGAUCAAUCAAAACGAGACGGAAAGAGAAYGUCAUAUCAAUCGACAGAAACACGAAAAGKSUCUGAUGCAGGCCAACAAAAAGAAAAUCCCGAAGCAAUUAAAUCACWUGGGGAAAAAGACGACCAGAAAUCAGAGUCCACAAGUAAAGAAAACUUUGAUAAGAGCACAAAUAGCUUUGACGUAGCAYURGGAUACCACGAGGAGCUCUGUGAUAUUGUGUCCGACACUGUGUCAGCAUAUUGUCCGUGGUUUGUAAUGCACUGGUUUUGUUAUGGAGCUACAUGUCUCAUUGGAGUUAUAUACAUCUCCGAAGAAUUGACAUAUUCUAAAAAUAUCAUUAAACUUGCGUAUGUCAAUGUGUUUCUUGUCACACACCUGUAUAUGUUCCUGUUACCAUGCUGCUGUGCGGCAUAUAUAACUGAUACUUGUGGAGGAAUUUAUUCCCGUAUMAACAAAACAACAUCCAAAUACUGGGAGGAAGGCCAUCCAUUCAAGGACCGCAACCAGCUUUCCAUGUUUACAGCGUAUGCCAAAGACAGACAAUGCGUGUUUAAAAUCGGCAGACUGACAUUCACAUCCACGCUGGCAUGGAUAUCACUCCUCUUGGGAUCUACUGGACUUUUAUUUCAUUUCUUUUGAUUUGGAAAUUGUGUUUUUCUUUUGUUUUGUUUUGUUUUCAUUUUCUUUGAUUCUUUGCUUCGUUUUUUUCGAUUAUUUUACUGACUAGAAGGUUUAUAUUCAAGAGAGGUUUACAUGUAACGACAAGGAAUGUACAGAGAAUGACCGGUCAGAGAGAACAACGAAAAAUCGAAUACAAUGUAAAURUUCAGUAUACCGGCCUUGGUAUCGAGAACAGUGGGAAAAGAUCCAGCAAAUGAAAGCGAACAACUAUAGUCUAUCACUGGAAAAAAUCGUGCGCUUUAAAGGUUGUAAAUUUGAUGUAAGUAUG